CAAUGUGUCAAAAAAACGAAGGAAAGAAAUCAAAACAACAGAUUUAUUUAUUUAUUAAUUUAAACUAACAUUUAAUUCAUAGCAAUGGCUACUUACGACAAUAAACACUGGCUGCUCACAAACAUAAGAAACUCCUUCAUAUCGACAGACGACACGGGAAUGUGUGAAAUUGUUAUGUCCGGAGAGAAUUAUCCCAAACUUUUCUACAACAAAGCCAUGGAGGAGAAGACCCGAAUGCAGAGCUCGUCCCCGAACAAGUCUAAAGAGGUGGAUGCGGAGGCGGAGGAGCGCGGGCUGCGGGAGAUCGUCACCGAGUUCGACCCCUAUCUGGACCUGGAGGAGAGUGAUGAUGAGGUGGACGGCAGCUACAUCCGAUAUGAGGACUUCGGCCCACAUAGAUACUUCGGCAGACAAAGAUCCAACACAGCACAGUGGCUAGAUAAAAAAGAACAAGCUCUAAAGAAGGCUGCCAAAAUAAAAGUUGUAAAAUGGGAGACCCCUGCUGCUGCUUUAAGCAGUGAGGAGAAGGCUGAAAUUUUCACUAAGAAUGAGGUGAAACCUUCUUCUAAUGUUAAAAAGAAGUCACUACUGGCCGACCAGCUGGAGAAAUGUCCACAUUUACCUCAUCGCCAGUACUUGGAGUAUGCCAAAUAUGAUGGAACAGCGCAAUUGGGGCAACAAACUAAAACAUUUAAGAUCUUCAUGACAAUGCUGUCUGACAAGCACCAGAAUUAUCCCGUGGUUGUGUGCAUCAUAGCUAAUGCCAAAAUACAAGACUUGAUUGGCUUCACAUGCUACAAAUAUAGCAUUGAACACCCAGAAAUAUCCCUAGGCUCAGCUCAAGGCUAUGGACUCUGCAUAGCUGAAGAUGACGGUGAAGUGGAUUGGACAUUUCCAUGCCUGGAUGCUGAUGAACCAUGCUCCAAGUUUGGGUUCACAUGUCUUGGUCUUGUUGAGUUAAAGAACCUUGUGCGGCAUACACCGCUGCCCCUGCCCGAGACUGGAGGCUUCAGUGGUGCCUUCCCAAUGUUCACUAACAAAGAUGAGUCGGGACAGAGCAAUCCGGACAACCAGAGGCAACAUAGCCAGACUUCUGAUGCUGUGCUUUAUGCUAUACAAGCUGUAAAUGAAGACAAGAAAGGCCACAGCCGCGACAAGGACACGGCCUCGCACAUGAUGGCGACGGACGCGCCGCAGUACCGCGCCUACCGCGUGCAACUGCUGCACCGCGUGCGCGCCAACACGCCCGUCAGCCUGGCGGUCACAUUGGACCGGAUUGAGGUCGAGCCGCUUAUUAGUGGCUCACACAAUAUCUUUUCUCGCAAGAAGUUCUUCCUGCACAGCAUCGACUCGGUGGCGUGGUGCCAGGUGCUGGACGCGCGCUCCUCCAAGGCCACCUUCCGGCUCGUCUACUCGCGCAACGGAACCACCUCCUAUGAUCAUAACGUGUCAGAUCAAAGCGGUUUCUUCCACCCGAACUCGGCGUUCAAGCACCACGACUUCGAGUGCGACCUCGACACGGCACGGGAGAUCGUGGACAAGGUGAACAGGAUCCUCGACCUGCGGAACAGCCCUUGUCGCCGCGAGUACAAAACGGCUAAGGAAAAGAAAUUACAGACCAGGCGAAGCUUUCAACAUCCGAAACAUUUGAGCUAAAUUAAGGUUAAAUUGUAAGCGAAAUUUGUGAUUAUAUUUUUCAUGAUUAUUGUUUUGUGGUAAUUCGCUGAAAUACUAUUGAAUACGUUAUUGAUACUGUUUGUAUUAUGUAACAUUAAUUAAGCUUUAACUGUUAAUAAGUAUUGUCUAUUUGAAAUAACUUCAGGAUUACCCAUACCGUGUAGCGUUUUAAUGAAUGAAAUGUUUUUUUUAUAUAAAUGUUUUCCUAAUUCCCUAAUUGAAUAAUUUAUUUAAAUAAUGAAUACUUACCUUGAAAAUAUUUAAUUCAAAUACAAUAAAAU